AUGGCCCCCAAGAACAACACCCAAGGCGCAAAGAAGGCCACCAAGCCCUCGGCCAAGGCCGGUGCUGCCGCUAAGGCUGCUCUUCGUGGCGUCAACUCGCACAAGGUCCGCAAAGUCCGCUUGUCGACCACCUUCCACCAGCCCAAGACCCUCAAGCUCUCGCGCGCUCCCAAGUACCCCCGCAAGAGUGUCCAGGCCGAGACCGGUGUCGAGCAGCACAAGGUCUUGAUCCACCCUCUCAACACCGAGUCCGCCAUGAAGAAGAUUGAGGAGAACAACACCCUCGUCUUCAUCGUCGACACCAAGGCCAACAAGCGCCAGAUCAAGGAUGCUCUCAAGAAGCAGUACGAUGUUGACACCGUCAAGAUCAACACCCUGAUCCGGUAUGACUUUGCAAUCCACUUUGAAUCACUCAAGAACAUUGCUAACAUGUAUCGCUCCGCAGCNCCCGACGGCACCAAGAAGGCCUUCGCCCGUCUUACUCCUGACGUCGAUGCCCUUGACAUUGCCGCCACCAAGCUCGCCAUUGUUUAA